AUGGCAGCUGAGAACGCAGCGCCAGCGGCGCAUGACCGUCCAGUUGAUGCCUCUAAUAAUGCCAAUGAUGCUUCCGAAGCUGCCAAUGAUGUCGAGGACGGCGCUGGAGUCGAAGCUCUCCUCAACGUCACGAUUGUGCUUCCCGGUUCCAAGCCCUCUAAGAUGCAAAUAAUGGUGUCGUCCCAAGAGCAGGUUCACGAAGUCCGCCAGUCAAUCAUCGAUCUCCCCGCCGCGUUCCGAUACACCUGCUUUCAUCUCGAAUAUCAGGGAGAAAAGAUCACCGAUUUCAUUACCAUUGCCGAAAUUCCCGGCAUUGGACCCGACCCAGAGUUCCACCUCGUCGAAGACCCUUAUACCGAAAAGGAGGCACGCAUCCACCUCAUUCGAGUUCGCGAGCUCAUUGGUGCCGCAGGCAAUCGAGUUGACACCACCCAAGGUGUGCUAGCCGGCACCUCUCUUUUUGAGUCUGCGAGCGCCGGUACCCAGCAGCCCAGCGAGGAGUCCAAGGAGCAGCCCAAGGAGCAGCAGCCUCAGAAGGAGUACGAUUUCCAAGGGAUCCCUCCUCUGACCAGCCUUGUUCCUGAACAGACAGCACUCGCUCCCAAGACUGUCAAGACGAUUUCUUUGUCGACCUGGAACCCUCCUCCUUGCCACCUGAGACAGCGUGGUCACCUGCUCUAUCUCAUCGUGACGACAAACGAGGGUGAGCAGUUCCAGAUCACUGCGCACGUGUCUGGUUUCUACGUCAACAAGUCCUCCAAUGCCAAAUUUGACCCUUUCCCUCGUCCGGCACCCAAGGGUCAGGCCGCUCACUCGCUCCUGGAGCUCAUCGAGCUCAUCUCGCCGUCCUUCAACGAGACGUUCCAACAGCUCCAAGAUUACAACAAUAGCAAGGAUCCUCUCUCCACCUUUCAGAUUACCAAUGCGAUCCCAGCCGCCCCCUGGGCGGUACCAUCGCCGAACUCAGCUCUCUGCGCUCAUGUGCCAGAUGCUACACGACCGCAAGAGACCUACCUUUUGGCCGGAGUGGACAACACAGACACUCUACGAGACUGGAAUGAGGAAUUCCAGUCCGCCAAGGAGCUUCCCAAGGAGACUGUUCAGGACAGAGUCUUCCGGGAGCGCCUCAUCUCAAAGCUCUUCGCUGACUACAACGAUGCUGCUACCAAGGGUGCUGUAAUGGUCGCUCGCGGCGAGAUCACGCCUCUGAACCCUACCGAAUGUUCCGAUGCUCAGAUUUUCGUCUACAACAAUAUCUUCUUCUCUUUUGGUGCUGACGGUGUCGGUACGUUUACCUCUGAGGGAGGCGAUGAGGCUGCUCGGGUUGCCACUGGCAAGGACGUUGCUGGUGUACGUCUAGUGAACCAGCUCGACAUCGAUGGCCUAUUCACUCCUGCUACGGUUGUUGUCGACUACCUCGGAAAGCGCAUUGUCGGCCAGAGCAUUGUGCCUGGUAUCUUCAAGCAACGGGAGCCUGGUGAGAACCAAAUCGAUUAUGGUGCAGUCGACGGCAAAGAUUUUGUCGCGGCUGAUGAGCGUUUUGCUGGCCCCUUCGGCAAGCUAUCCAAGGCGCUCAGGGUGAAGCCUCACGCCGUCUGGGAUAAGGACGGAAAGAAAUUCGACCUGGAGGCCAGUGUGGAGACCAAGGGUCUGAUGGGUACCGAUGGCCGCAAAUAUAUACUGGAUUUGUACAGAAUCACACCAUUCGACAUCCCGUGGUUGGAGGAGAAGGCCAAGGAGGACGAAGAGGAGUCUACUACCAGCUAUCCCCACCGCAUGACCGUUCUCCGACCUGAGCUGGUCGAUUCUUUCGGCCGCUUCCGCAUGAAGCAAUGGGUCGAUAAGGAAGUCGCAGAGCAUACUGAGGAGAGCGCUUCGAAGAAGGACGAUGACGAGACGGAAAAGUCUGAAGAGUCCAAGGAAGACGAUUCCUGGCAGCCUGAUCUGUCCCAGUUCAAGUUCUCCCUUAAUCCUGAUGUUUUCAGUGGACAAGUACCGCAGACGUCGGAGGAGACGGCCGAACUGGAGGCUGACGAGAAGGAUGUGCGAGCUGCUUGCACAUACUUGCGCGAGCACGUCAUCCCUGGACUUCUCCGCGAGCUGUCUGACUCCGAUGUUAGCUUCCCCAUGGACGGCCAGUCUCUCAGCCGCCUCCUGCACAAGCGCGGUAUCAACAUCAGAUACGUCGGUAAAGUGGCAUCGCUUGCUACCGACGGCCGACUUAAGUGCCUGCGCGAGAUCUGUAUCCAGGAUAUGGUAUCUCGUGCCUUCAAGCAUGUUUCGGCUACCUAUCUCCGCGCACUUCCUCUCGCCUUUGCCCCGGCUUGCAUUGCUCACUUGUUCAACUGCCUUCUGGGCUACAAGGUCAACUCCAAGCCUCGCAGUGAGAUUGAUGCUCAGCUUCGAGCACUCUACAAGGAGACUGAUUUCUCUUUUGAGGAUGUCACGCCUGAAAGCCUGCGUAGUAGCAUUGAGGGAGAGAUCCUCAAGCGAUACAGAUACCGCUUGGAAUCUGAGUGGGUCGAGACUCUUCGCCCCAUUCAGCUGCUUCGUGAGGUUUCACUGAAGUUGGGUCUUCAGGUCGAGGCCAAGGACUACGUCUUUGAGAGCUCUGCAUCCGAGUCUAACGGCGUCAAUGGCGCAAGCGAAUCUGCCCAGGCCAACGGUCAGGCCCAGGGCGAUGCCAAGAAGAGCAAGAAGAAGAAGUCCGCCCGCGACGGCUCCCCCGCUGCUGCUCCUCAGGCCGCCUCUACUUUCAGCCCGGAUGACUUCAUCGACAUUGUUCCCAUCGUGAAGCACUCCUGUCCACGCAGCUCCUUGGCUGAAGAGGCGCUGGAGGCUGGCAGAAUUUCUAUCCUCCAGAACCAGAAGAAGCUCGGUCAGGAACUUCUUUUAGAAUCGCUGUCUCUUCAUGAGCAGAUCUACGGCAUCCUGCAUCCUGAAGUGGCCCGUGUCUACAACAGCCUCUCCAUGCUGUACUACCAGCUUGAUGACAAGGAGGCUGCUGUGGAGCUCGCUCGCAAGGCCAUCGUUGUAUCUGAGCGCACAGUUGGAGUCGACUCUGCCGAGACUCUCCUCAACUACUUGAACCUCAGUCUCUUCCUUCACCAAGCUGGUGACAGCAAAUCUGCGCUUGUCUUUUCAAAGCAUGCGCUGGAUUUGUGGAAAAUUAUCUAUGGUCCUGGACACCCCGACUCCAUUACGACUGUCAACAACGCCGCCGUGAUGCUGCAGCAUCUGAAGGAAUACCACGAAUCGCGACUCUGGUUCGAAGAGUCUCUUCGAGUUUGCGAGUCUGUGUUUGGAAAGCAGUCUGUCAACUCUGCCACUCUACUGUUCCAGCUCGCACAGGCACUGGCGCUUGAUCAUGAUUCCAAAGGGGCUGUUAACCGCAUGCGGGAAUCGUACAACAUCUUCCUGAGCGAACUCGGCGCUGAUGAUAAGAACACCAAGGAGGCUGAGAGCUGGCUAGAGCAGCUGACGCAAAACGCCGUAUCAAUUGCCAAGCACGCCAAGGAUGUGCAGGAACGCCGCAUCAAGUCUGGCAUUCGCGCACCCUCCCAGACGCUCGCCCCCACUCCUCAGCAGCGUGGAUCGAAGGUUGACUCGCGAAGCAUCGAUGAGUUGAUCAAAUUUAUUGAAGGUGACCAGGGGGGGAAGUCCAAGAAGCGCACCGGCCGUGGCAACCCCAAGAGACGGGGCCAGGCCGCUUAG